CGUCUCUCUUUGUAGUCUUCGACAUUUUAUGUAGUCCAAACGUGGAGAGUGGCCUGUCCUCGUUGUCUCGGAGGGUUUCUAAGGUCGUAUUGGGUUCGUGAGUUCGCUCAGGAGCUGGUUCUGUUCGGUCGCGGUUCUGUUGGAGCGUCGGGAUGUCGGUUCUGAGCAGCAAAGCGCUCCAGGAGCAGCUGUCCGUCAUCCUGGGAGCGCUGACCAAGGCGGCGCUGGUGGAGAUCUGCGAGCUGGUGGAGGAGGGCUACUGUGCUCUGCAGCUGGAGAUCAGCCGGAGUCACAAGGAGAACCAGGACCUGAAGAAGAAGCUGCACCUCAUAGAGUCCAUCGUGGCCAGGGGCGGAGAGAGCAAGGCGGCGGCUCCGGAGGAGGGAACCGGAGGGACAGAGGCCGCUGCCCGGGCAGAAACACCGCAGGGACAGCGGGAAAGGGACAGCGGGGAAGCCGCUUCUGGACCCGGAGGAGCCGCGGUGGAGCUGGAGGAGGUUCCAGACGUGGUGCUGAUCAAAGAUGAAGACUCAGACGGAUACGACAGCAUAGAGGACGCAGAGAGGAAGCACCUUGAUGGGGGGGCGUCUGCUGCAAGCAAAGAGGUUCCCAUGAUCAGGAGAAGGCGACGCCGCAGUCGCGUCUAUGAAGACUCUGACACGUCGUCCUCUGAGCAGCUGGUGCUGAAAACACCCCGAGUGGCCGCGGGGUCGCAGAAGACCCCGCUCCUCUACAGCCUGGACUCCCCUCGGAGCGAACCGGGCCGCUCUGCUCGGCUCCUGGAGGACGUCCAGAUGAAAGUCAGCGACUCGGUUUGUUCCUAUCCGGGUCAGAUGGACCCGGAUGUCCACCUGGUUCAGGACUGCUCACUGGUUCCUCCGGGUCCAAGCAGGCAGGUCUUUUUCAGCAGCAGCAGUCUGAUGGAGGCUCAGCCCACGGCGAACAGAAGCAACCUGGACAUGAACCUGGAGCCAGCCUGGUCCAAGCAGACCAAAGGCUCCAUGUCUUUUGCUCAGUUCUGUCAGAAUGAGAACAUGGAGGGUGAUACGUUUGGGCUGAAGCUGGUUGGCAUCUCCGGCCCAGCUUCUGCGGACGCCAGAAGCCCCGCUUUUGAUUAUGAAAGCGGCGGUAGCGUGCUGAACUUCGGCCUGUACAGUGACCCGCCGGGCCAGUCCCAGCUCCCCGCGGGGGAACCAGACGAUGACCCUCAGAGGAAGCGCUUCGUCUGCUCCAUAUGCAACAAGACGUACGCCACGGCGCAGAACCUGGAGGUCCACACCCGGAUCCACACGGGCGAGAGGCCCUUCGCCUGCGACCAGUGCGGAAAGAAGUUCACGCAGUCGGCCCACCUGAGGUCCCACCUGAACGUGCACACAGGCGAGCGGCCCUUCAGCUGCACGCUCUGCUCCAGGAGCUUCAUGGUCAAGUACAGCCUCAAGCUGCACAUGAAGAAGUGUCACCCCAACAGCUGAGCCCGUCCGCUCGCUCCAGAUUUUACUGCAACGUUUUAAGAAUUUAGCUUUCUGCAUGUUUAUAAAAUCAAACUUCAAAACUCGUGGUUCCAGGUUUUUAUGCAGCUCUGUAGCACUUUAAUAAAGAAUUCUGAAUUGAUUAGAUUAAAUGAGUGGAAAUGAACAGAUUAGGAGCCAAUUUAGAAACAAGAACUUACAGGUUCCUACAGAGCAUCCAGAAAGUAUUCUCAGCUUUUUUCCAUUUUCAGUUACCUCACUGGCUGCUGCCCACUUGGGUGCAGAAACACUGUGACACUGUGAUCUCUCUAAGUUACUCUAGCUGUCCAGAAGCACUAUAAAACAGAGCUUCUUCUGCUACAACUCUAUGCUGGACACUCGUCGCAUUCAAACGGAUUUUAUUUCUUCUAGUAAGGGACAGCUAGCCUAACGUAGCACUGGCAUGUCUUCUCUCUCUUUUCUGACUCUUUUUAAAUCUUCCUCUCUCCUGCUCUGUGUCAGAUGUCCAGUUAUUCCUCUGCCUCCUUUAGUGAUAAUGGCACGUGAAAUAAGUCUAUUUUUAGCUCUAUGUAUUUUAAUACAGAGCUGCACACUUUGAAGCAUAAUGCCAGGAAUCCGGAAAAAAAUGAUGCUCUACAUGCCUACAGUGAUCAGUAAACAUCCGUUAAAAACCACAUCACACAACAACCCGCUCAGUUAAUAUAUAGAUAUAUUUACUGUGUGAACGUGAAAACGCUUCAGUACAACUUAAUUUAACACUACAGUCAUGUGACACACCACAGACCGGUACUAACAUGGCUGCAGAUGGAGUCAUAACCACGUAGACCACUCUUUACGUUUAGAAGACGAACUACGAUCAGUGCGCACACACAAAUAUGCUAAGCUUAUUUUGACAGAACUGAAAUCAUUACAUUUAUUAUGGUUGAUUUUUAAUUCUUGCCUUUAAGGCUUAUUAGAUUGUUGGCUGGAACAUUGAACAUCUGAACGCUGAACUUUAACUC